CAAUCUGUUAAGUAUACACAAAGGUUGUCGGGGCUCGGCUUCCUGAUCUGCGCUCCAAUCGCCGUCACUGCAUUGCUCGCACAGCGUCACGCGAGCCACUAUGCCGACUCCCAGAGAGAAUGUUAUAGCCACAUGUCCAAGACUUGGACAUGAAUCAUCAAACUCGGCACAAUCAUUGUUGAGGAUACGCAGGAAUCAAAUAGCAGGCCGAGAUUCAGAUCUCCACGGGCCUGAGCAAUCACUGGCACGCGAGCUGGAAUGCGCCAUACCUGACACGAAACCCGAAGAACACACCGGCAUACUUACGCCGCCACCGAGCGAGCCAGAAUCAGAUUCCGGCGACUCAUCAUGGACGCGCACUGAACAGCUUCCGCGAGCUGCAGUGAGGGAAAAGAGUGAAGAGAAGAAUCAAGAGGAGGAGAUACUGCGCUCAGAUGGCGCUCACACGCCACUGUCAGAAAGGCAGACUGCCGAUGUUGUACAAAACACAGACGUGGGUCUCGUUGAGUCAAUGUCAAGCGCGUCAAUAUCUCCAUCACCGCGAUAUCUCCAUUACUCCGAGUCACAAAGAGAUCGGGUGAGUCACUGCGCAGAGAUGUUGGUCUUAUGAACUGCUUCGGUACUGACAAGCCCUUGAAGCGAAGGGAAAAGUUGACGACGUCGUUUUUGCGUCCUGGCAGCAAAUUUGUGGGGACGCAAAAGUCCGAUAGGCAGAAAUAUGAAGUGUCAGUGGAAAUUAAGGAUGUGGAUCUGGAGCAAUCUUUCCUCUGCGGCUAUCUUCGAAUACAGGGUGAGCAUAGAUCAAAAACCU